AGUGCAAAAUAGCAUUUCACUUACAUGGUAAAAUAUGAAUAUAACUCUUUAUGAUCAAUUUCAACCAUAAAAUACUUCACUUAAAACAAUUUCAAUAUUUUUAAAACACCCCUGUUUUUUGCACAUUCCCGUUUAGACGUUAGGGAUUGGAAGAAUCCCGUAUAACACGUCUAAUAUUUUAGACUAGUCCCCGACUUGUAUGAUAAUUAAGCUAUUUAUUUUUUUUUAAAUUAAUGUUAUCUUUUUUAUUCACAUGUUAACUGGUCAAGUUGUUAGUCCAAAUAAUUGUACGUUGACGGAUUUUUUUUAGAUUUUUGAUAUGGCAAAUCCUUCACGUACAAAUUGUUUAGUAUCAAAAGUGGGUAGUUGUUCCGAUCAGGAUUCCAGGUUAAAGCAUAUAGCGUCUAUAAAAUAUCAUAAAAACAAGAAAUAUUACCAGAUAAUGUUAUUUUAUAUUAGUUCCGUACACAAAAAAUAAAUAUCCAACUUAUAAUUAUGAGUUUGACGGCUUUUCUUCAUUUCAUUCUGUCAAAACAUAACGAUAUAUACAUGAAGGGCACAUACAAGGCUUCAGGGCACAGUUUUAAAUCGCUCGGAACAGUUCGGCCAUGGCCGAGUUGUUACGAUUGUAUAACCAGGUCUAUCUCGAAGCUUUGUCGGAGGAGGCCGAGUUAUUACAAUUGUAUCGAGUUGUUCCCCUUCGCAUAAUUGUUGUCUGUGUCAGUCAACUUUUGUUUUAUUGCAAAGGAAGAAACACAACAUGAUGGAUUUGGAGGAAUCAGAUUCCUUGUGGAAGGGACCUUUAGAUGUUCAAAAGUGCUCUAUCAUACAUCUUGGAAACCAAGUAUCACGCUGGGAAAUAGUCAAAAUGCAGAAUGCACUGAAAACUAAUGAGGAGGUGGCAAAAACACUUCUUGACAGUUUCAAUAGGGUAGCAGGAGAGAAAAAUCCCACGGUUGGUUGGAAAUCAAACCAUACAGCCUCCAUUAUCUCAAGGCAUCCACAACACAUCCCAGAUAUUCAAACUCAACUUGAACUUCAUUGGAACCAGGUACAGAGCUUGAAUAAGUCAUAUUCAAGCUGUACCAUUAGAGGAAUUCCAUUGUUUACACCAUUUAAAGCAAGAUUUGAUCAAGCACUCCAACCCAAUGAUGCUCCUUCAACAUUUAUUCUCAUUCCCUUCGCACCACAGCCUGGAACCAAAGUCGUAGAUAUAUCCAAUGAUAGGUCAACCAUUGAAAACACUGGCAGUGAUGACAGUGGAGCUUGUUUGUCUCAGAUCAUUGAUGAGAAUAUCAUAGUUAAAACUGAGCCAAUUGAUUCCUUUCUGAGUACAGAUAUAAAACAGGACAUUGAUGUCAAUACAUGUUCAGAUACUAAAUUGGACAAUGCAUUUGAAAGCAAUAAAGAGCCAACUGAGUUAUUGUCUGAAAAUCAGGAUCUUGUGGAGACGAAUGACAACUUAAAUGACAGAGGCUUGUAUAGUGACGAAGUAGACCCUUUUGAAACAUAUUUGGCGAAUAAACAUAAAGUGAAGUAUUUCCAUGAUAUUGAUGAUGAUGAUGACGAACAGUCAAGAUUAUCACUAAGGAAGAGUGACAGGAUAAGAACAGUUGGAUUCAGACCAAAUUAUUCUGCCUUAGAACUGCCUUCUUCUUCAGAAGGAGAAGAAAAUGAUUCUGGUAAGGAGGUAGAUUCAAUUGAUGAAGAAAAGGGAACCAAUGCUGAUCGUAAAGGAGAAUUUGAUAAAGGACAAAUUAACAAAAAGAAGACUAACAAUAAAAGCAAAGAGGACCAAGACUAUAAGCCUGAUGAUAAUGAUGAAGAUGAUGAAGAUGGAAAGGAUGUUAUAUGCAAAGAAGAUCCUGAUGUGAAAGCUGAAGAUGAUACAACUGAGGUCAGUAAUGGUGUUGAUAAGAAUGUUAAAAACACACGGACAUUAAAACGAAAGAAAAACAAAGAUAAUGACUCUGAUUUUGAUCUUUCUGACAUGUCUAAUCUGGAAAAGUACAAGAAAAAAAAGAAACCCCUAAAGAAGGAAGUUCUUGGUAAUGAAUCAGGGGAAAAUGUUAAGGAUACCAGAAAGAAAAAGAAAGAUAAUGUCACUGACUUUGAUCUUUCUGACAUGCCUGAACCGAAAAAGUAUAAGAAAGAAAGGAAACCGCUGAAGAAGGAAAUUCUUGGUAGUAAAGCAGGGGAAAAUGUAAAUGGUACAAGAAAGAGGGGAAACAAUGCAGUGAUGAAGAAAAAAAGAAAUUUGAUAACCCUGAAAAAAGACAUUUCAAAGUUAAAAGAAACCAACAAAUGGAUAACUGUUGAUUUAGAUAAUCAAAAGGGUAACUUUGAAAUGGUUGAAUGCAGUUCUACUGCACAAAAAGACAGGAAUACUGAUGUAAUAGAGGUGUUAUAUUCUUGCUUAAUCUGCAAGGCAUUGAAAACGGACAAUAGAGCUGAGUUUCAAAAUCAUGUCGAAAAUCAUGUAAAUGGUAUUCUGAAAUGCACACAGUGUGGUUGUGAAUGUAGAGAUCCUGUUGCUUUAUUAAAGCACGAAAGAACUGUGCAUAACUUCUAUGGACAAAAUAAAGUGAAAGUAUGUGAGGUAUGCGGAGUUGGGUGUAUGGACAAUAAAUCAUACAGAAGUCACAUGGCUAGAGAGCAUCUGCAGGCUGCGUGGACUUGUCAAUAUUGCAAUGAAAAAUUUAUUUCACUCAAACAGCAACGUCAUCACCAACGUGAAAAGCAUGCAGAUAAGUUUACUAUUUGUCAGAAGUGUAACAGAUAUUUGCUUGGAAAAGGGUAUAACUUUGAGAAGCAUGUGAGACACUGUAAUGGACCUGAUCUGAAAAAACAAUGUGAAGAGUGUGGUAAGACUUUUCAUCCAGGGCAACUCCAAAGGCACAUAACAUUGGUUCAUCAUCGACUUCGACGUUUCCAAUGCAAAUACUGCUCAUAUUCUGGGAAAAAAUCGACAAAUCUAAAACACCAUCUCCUUAUUCAUGAAGGACUUAAGCCAUACACAUGUAAGGAUUGUGGUCAAUCAUUUACACAGCCUUACCAGUUGACCUCCCAUAUGAGAACCCACACAGGAGAGAAGCCAUUCAAGUGUGACCAGUGUCCCUAUGCUGCGGCCUGGAACGUUCAACUGAAGGACCACAAAAAAGCCCAUGACAGUGACCAGGCUGUGACAUGUACGGAGUGUGGCAUAGUGUUGAAGAACAAAACCUGUUUGAAUGCUCACUUUAAGAAAGCCCAUUCAAAAUAAAUCAAAGUGCUAUAGUAUGAGAGUCAGUGUAGCAGGGCUUUUUCUGCCCAUUUUGGGAAAAAGACCCUAGACAUUUUGUGAAAUUUUGCAUCGUGAAAAUGCUGAAAUUGGGAAAUUUUACAGUUAAAAGAAAAAUCUGUCUAGUCUCCUGCGAAUUAGGAAAUGAUUUAAUAUUAGUUUAUUUUCCCUUUAAAAGACCAAAAAAUUUCCAUCCUUGGGGUGUAAAUAUGUAUCGCAAUAAAUCAUGACAGAUAAUAUUACAUACUGAUCUCUGAAUGUGAUGAAAAUCAAUGAUUUACAUUUAUAAGGAUGUUGGAAAUGAACCAGUACAGGUAAAAAUACUUUCUAAAAAAAAAAAAAGCCUUUUUUUAUUGGGAUUUUUUUCUGAAGAUUGGGAAAAUUAUCUUAUAUUUUGCUUUGGGAAUGGGUCCGAGAGUCAGACCCGUGGGUACUAUAGAAAAAGCCCUGGUGUAGUGAAGUCAGCACCAUAAACUACAUGUGCAUCUCUUUACUGUAUUAUUGUUGAGCAGCAGCCCCUCUCUCCAGCAUGAUUGGAUGUUUGGUUUAUAACCAAUAGUUGUAAAUCUAUCAUAUGCAUUGGAACAACUUAAAAAUAAGAGUCAAUGAACAAUAAGUGGCAAUAUAAAAAUUACGCUAUCCUAUUGUUCAGUUAACAUGCUGUGUAUUUUGUUUAAGGCAAGCCAUCCAUCAAUAGAAUGCAAAGAUGAGUCCGUGCAUUUUAGGUAUAAAAAUCAUUUCUAUGUAAAAUGUAUUGUCAAGCCCGUUUGCGGUGAGCGUCAAGAUUUAGCCGUAACAACGGCUGUUCUGUAUAUAUAUAUAUAUAUAUAUAUAUAUAUAUAUAUGUGCAUGCUUGCGUUCAAAAUGAAUUUGUCUGGGCUUUAUCUUGACAAUGCAUUAUAGGAUUUUCAAAAAACUUGCCAUGAAGGUUCACAAUGAUAAGGCCAAUAGGCAAUAUAUCAGCUCGAAUCUUCAUGAAACUUUUUCAAAAUUAGCUUCAAUGAAAUCUAGGCAUAGUUUGAAACUAGGUCAUAUGGGGUUAAAAACUAAGUCACACGAUCCUAUUCAAACCCUUUGGAACACUCUAGAGGCUACACUUUUGCAGCGUUUCUGGUCCAAUCUUUAUGUAACUUAAUCAGAAUGUCUGCCUUGAUGAAAUAUUUUAUUUGUUUUAAUCUGGGUAGCUCGGUGUCAAAAUCUAGGUUAAUAGGUCAAAUCUAAAUGCUGCACUUUAUUCAAUAUUCUUUUAUUUCAAACAGUUGUUAACAAAUUCAUAACUCAUAUUCAAUGUUCAUGAGAGUCCAUUACUCUGCAGCCAUAUUGCAUGUUUCAGUUGGAAUAGUUCACUAUAAACAUGUCAUUUCCAUGCUAUCUUUUUUGCCUGGCUGGGUAUAUCAAUUGAACAAAUUUGCUUGUUUCACUUAGAAAUUCUGGAUAAGGUUUUGCAUUAAUCUAAUUUAACAGUUAUCCAUUCAUGUCUCACCAAAACUUUGCCAUUCUUAAACUUAAAAGCAGCCUUAUAGUCAAACGCACUAUCUGUGUGACAGUUCUUGUUUAAUUUGCAGCACAAUAUUAUGGGGUUUUAGUCAAUUCUCAGAUGUGCUUGAAAAAUUUAUGCUUUUACUAAAUGGUUGUGUUAAGAAAAACGCUACCCUUUAUACUAUUCAUUUGUGUUUCAGUUCUAUAUACCAUCAUGUUAUAAUGUAGUAAUUUUAAAAAUUAAACUUCCUAUACAUUCCAUUAAUGAGUGUAGGAAUCAUACAUCUAUGUCAAAUGUACCAAGAGAAAAUAGGAUCUGUACCGGUAAUUUAUGCCAAGUACUUGAAGAUGAAUACCAUUUUUUGAUGGAAUGUUAACUUUAUAAUACUAUUAGAGAUAAAUAUAUAAAAAGAUAUUAUAGACUUAGGCCUAGUAUGUAUAAAACUGUACAACUUUUGCAGUCCGAAAACGUUAAUACUGUAAGAAACUUAUCAGCAUACAUAUAUCUAUGACAACCAUGCAUAUUUGUACGUACAAGCCUGGUUUUUGUAGUCCAUUUUUAUGUUAAAACCUUAGUCCAAACUAACAAAACCUUACUGAAGUUAUUUGUACAUAAAGAGUAUAGUAGUAACGUGUAUUGCUUAUCAAAAUUCAUGAUAUCAUUGUAGUGGUGUGCAUUUGUUAUACAGUUGAUAGAAUGAUAUUCAGUUAAGUUAUAACUCAUAAUCGAUGGGGACAAAUAUAUUAAAUUUUAUAAAUAUAGUUGUUAAAUCUGUGAUAUAGUGUUAAUCAAUCUGUUCCACCAUACAUGUAUGUAUAAGUCUUUGUAUUACAUUGAUUUGAUCACGGGUCUCAUUGGCCUAUUUCAAAUAUGUAUUGUGUGAUAUAUUUCUUUGAAUAAACUUUCUUCUAUCUUUUUGUAAUGCAAUAUGCCCUUCAUAUUUUGUUUGAGAGUUAAGAAUUGUAAAUAGGCAUUGAAUGAUGGGAUAGUGUUUCAGUGUUUCAUUGAGAAUAUAUAAAAUUUCAUUAGUCAAAUAUAUCCACAGUAUCAAUGAUUUUUCUUUUAUGCCAGUUGAUAAAAUUGAGAACAAUUGGAAACGAUUAUUAAAGGAGAGUAAAUGGAUGCACAUUCUUGGCACAGUCAUUCCUAAUGGUAUGAAUUCAAAAAUAUUAUUUUAAUUCUUCUUGCAGAAUUAAAAAAAAUCACAAAAUUAAUCUGGUUUAUAACUGUUUUUAACCUAUUUAAUGUUGCAUAGUUUAUACUGGUUUAUUGAUGUUUGUUUAUGCAUUUAUAUUGCAUUUUACCAGUAUACUAGUAAUUGUAUCUCUAUAGAUCCUAUAAGACAUUAUUUUGCGCAAAAAAUGUAUGCUAUAUUUUGACGUUCUCAACGUUGACGUCAUUUAAUGUUGACGUCAUUUCCUGUUCAUUAUAUACAUACAACCUGAUGAAGGCGGAAUGGCCAAAACGUUGUUUCAUAAAUAAAUAAUUUGUGUUGAAGUUGGACUUCUUUAAUUAUCACCAUUAGUCAAAUAUGAAAUCUACAUAUUGGUGUGUAAUUACUUUUGUUAUAGCAAUAUUAAUGGAUCGUUGUUUAAAAAAGUCAUUUAAGGCAUUCCAUAGUGGUUGUACUUUCUGACAGUCCCAAAAAAGGUGAGCUAUUGUUUCAAUAGUUCUGUCAUAGGUUCUAAAUUUUAAUUUCAUUUUUGUGCAAAUUUGUAUAUGUGCUGGUAUUAUUCUUCAAUAGCAAAAAUUUGUAUAGAAAGCUUUUGUAGGGAUGUAUGUUUUAGCUUAUUUAAAUUGUACAUGUAUUAUAUAUAUUUUUCCAACCAAUAUUUUCUAUGUAUGAAAAUGUAAGUUACCAUUUAGUUUCCAAUGAUGGGUUGACAUUGGUGGGUUUUUGAGUAUCAGACAAUGAAAUUUGUUUUCUGCUUCAAUUCUUUUAUCUUAUCUGUUAUAUUUUAAGGGCAUGGUUUGAUUGAUAAUUUUGGAUUUAAUCAUCAUUUUCAGAUGGAUUAAAUAGGUCAGAUAUUUCAGAAGCUUGUUUUAUAAAUGUCAUCUAAGCAUUUUAUUUCUUCAUAACUGUAAAACUCAUUUACCUUGUAGUCAAGUAUGUGUUCAAAUAUUUGUAUGCCUUUUUGAUGCCUUCUUUAAAUUAUAGUGUGUGAAUGUUUCAUUUGAUCACUUUAUAAUUCUAAAUUAUUGUUUAACUUUUGUUACAUUUGUUUUUAUCUUCAUUAAAUGUGGUUCUUAUUUGAAGCUUGUUGAAUACUUGACAAAAACAUCAUAUAAGAAAUAGUUCAUGGCUGUAGUUUUAUAGCUUUCUAUGAAAGAAUAGUCAAUACUUAAUUACUUUCGAGUUUCAAUUAUUCCAAGGGUCUAUGAAUCUUUUUACCCACAAUGCUUUAAUUUAACCAAGAAAUGAUUCUAUAUCUGUCAGCUUAAGUCCACCAUAUUCUUAUUUUUGGUAAAGGCAAUUUUGUUUUAUUGUUAAAUUUUGUGAGAGUGUGUUUUGGCAUUAUAACUCAGAUGAUAACCAACCAUAUCACUGGCAAGAUAUCGUUAUUUAUUAUGGAAAUUACCUAUAAUCAGUCUUGUCAGAUCAAUAACUUUAGAAGCCUCUGUCGAAUCACACCAAAUUUGGUCCGAACAUGUAUGGGCUUAAUAUCUCAAAUUUGUUUGAUUAUCAUUCCUAACACCCAAGAGUUAUUGCCCUUUAAAUUAUUUAAUUGCUUAAAAUCAUGUUUGACCAAUCAAUAACUUUAAAAGCCUUUGUCCAAUCAAUACUAAAAUUGUUCUGAAUAUGUUUGGGCAAAAUAUCUCAAUCAGGUUCAAUAACCCUAGUCAAUCCAUAGUUAUGACCUUUGAAUGACAAAAAACUGUAUUUACAGUGUCCUCUCUCUAAAUUCAGCUUAUGUACAACCAGUUUUCACCAAAAGGGUUGUCCUUAAAAUAGGAUGAGAAAAUAGGAUGAAAGUAUUUAGCGAAAGUUUGCGCUCUCUUUUUGUACUAUAUGAUGUGUGUGUUGUUAUUGUUCUAAUUUGUAUAUUCAAUCAUGAAUAAAGGCAAUGAUAUCAUUGA